CUUACAAAAUACCGGAUGGGGUGUAGAAUCCGAGAGGGUGUGUACCUGGAAUCCACCGUUAGGGCCUUAGGCCCAAACCCAAACUCACUCAAGGGACCAAGACUUUCUGCUGAAACAUCAAAAGCAAAGAAAGGGACGGUCGAUCGCAAACAGAAAGUGACCCUCAUUGGCCGCCGACGACACUCCGCCACAUCCUCCAUCACGCUCGACUUCAAACAAUGGCGCCACCGCCUCUCAAUAGCAGAGUCCAGUUUGCUCGAACCGCAAUCAACAUCAUGCGACUCACAUCCAGGAUCCGUCAUCCACGCUCACACAUUCCUUAUUUUGGGCGCUUCAAUGCGUUUUAUGGCAUUGGAGCAACGCUUCCGAUCCAACAUCGACGCCGUAUCUCGUUCACGUUCAACCUUAAGCUCACCGAUUUGGAAUCUCCAUGUUCUUCAUAACGAAGCAUCUUGUUUUCCCUCUUCGCUCAUCAUUCACCAUGUUUAUUCAUCAUCGUCACGAUUCACGGAUUCAGAAAUUUAUCGAAUCAGUUCACUCUUCUAUGCACACGAACAGAAGAAGAAAGUGAAGAACGUCGAAUCGAAAACUCACCAGGGGUAAUGAUACUUGAAGACAUUUAAUGUUGUUGUUUACCGUGUUUGAUUGAGUUGGUUUACGCAUUGCCAAGGUUUGUUGUCCAAACGGUCCGGGGCUCGACCUACUGUUGUUAUUUGAGUGAUUAAAUGUGGUUUGGUUAAAGGUGAUGCUCAUUGGUUGUUAUAAUGGCGAAGUUAGCAUGUAAAAUGAGACUGGUUUUCUGUUAAGGUACUUGUAUAGGUCAGAAGUUGUUUUACCCUGUUAUAAAACUUUAUAGGUUGAAGUUCAUUAUGUCACAAGUUUGUAGGGUUUGUAGCAGGUGGUGGUUCUGGAAGCAUCUCAGAUCCACUAAACAUCUCACGAGUGGUGGAUUUAAUGGUAUGUUUUAUGUUGGACUUCUACUUUAUGUGAUGUAGGACAGGUUGAAUGAAAUUACAUGAAAAUUAUAUCAGAAAGAUAACUAUUUUGAUUGCUCCAACCAUGAUUUAUUACAUCGUCAAACUGCUAAUUGACUAACGCUAUGAAAUAAGCUAUGAAUGUGACAAUGAGUGUUGUGAGUUUUGGUCAUGUUUGAUGUCGGUUUGAAAUGAAUGAAUAUAUGCUAUGAUUUGGAAUGAAUAUGGAUCUUACAAUAUGGUUCCUCUUGGUCUUUGAAUGACAAUGGCAUGAAGACGGUGGAUGUCUUGGAAAUUAUUUUAGCAUGUUAGGACUUACUUGAAUUUAGUCUCCCUAGUUUAAUUUUUGUGACUCUUGAGAUGGAUUGGCAUUGUUUUGAAUGUAUUAUGGUUUAUGUAUUGGCAUAAAGUGUUGUAAUGCAAUUUGUGUCUUACGAAAAUCAAAUGCAAAUGUAUUUGGAAUUAGAAUGGAA